AAUUAGAUGAAAAAUUUUUUAACGGUAAAUAAGUCACCUACAGUGGUGAAUAUAACAAGAAGGGUAUCAAAGUAGGCAGAUGGAAUAUUAUGUAUAGAUAUGGUAGCACUUACCCAUUUUUAUAAAUGUAAAUAUGAUAUAAGUAUAUUAAUAACAUGUUAGUGGUGGGGGAUUAUAUGAUAAUGAAGAGGAAGGCUCAAGGAAGAUUGGAAAAUGGGUAGAAUUGGAUGAAUAGUUUAUGGAUGGUAAAUUAGUCACUUAUAACGGCGAUUAUAAUUUGAAGAGUUAGAAGGUA